GUCCACCACUAAGCUAGCUUAGUAAAACAGAAAUCGGACGGAGGUAAACAAGUUCACGGCCUCGCGUAUACCUGUGACUACCAUUUCUACCUGUUUAGUUGAGCAAGAGAUGUGUGGAUAGGCGUGCCCACAAAAACAAUGCAUCGAAACGCGUGUUUUAUAUCAAUUUUCAUCUUAUUUUACGUUGGACAAUUAAAUGCUGACUGCACGUUACCUUUUAUCGUACGAGGCUCGUGGUUUUCAUGGGAAAAUGGACAAAACACACUCACAGUUAUUGAUGCAAAUAGUAUGAGCCACAGAGGAUUCUGUGUGACAAUCAAAGAUGACUACAAAGUAAACUAUACAGUUGUAUUCAAGAAUAACAAAUGUUAUACAUGUGUUAAGUUCCUGAUUAGGACUGUGAAUGUUGUUGAGAAAAUUGAGACAUCAUGUCUGAGUUUGCCAUAUGGACAAGAGCCAUCAAUUGAGAAUGUCUGCAGAGAAUUACAUGCUGACCAACAGUUGAUUACAUUUUUUGCUGAAACUCCAGUAGCUGUGAAUUGUCGUUCCGCACUUGAAGGUGUUUGGCAAUUCACCUAUCAAAAUCGGUUCAAAUUUACAGGAGAAUGUAAUCACCCAGAUGCACAAAUAAAAUCAUGUCAGAUUGCUGGAUCUCAGUUUCCUAUUGCCAAUCAAAAAUUUAAUAUCACUUAUAAAAAGUGUGAGGGUAUGACCGGAACUUUUGAUGGUGUUGUGGAAUACAGUUGUUUGGGCGAUUGGUUUGUACAAAAGAAUCAUUAUUUUGCGGUGGUCAACACAAAAGAGUCUCGAAAAGACGAGAAAUACAGAUGUUUCUUGAAAAAUCGUGAUGAUGAUCUCUACAUUGGCGCAUCUAUCACAGCUGAGUGUAAUACAUUGAAAACUGUUGAGAAAUCUCCGGAGAGAUUAAGAAUUACUCCAGUUAAAAGAGAAGUGGUAGAACCAAGUUGUCGCCUCCCGCAGAAUUUCACUGGUCGAUGGAUCAACACUGCUAAUAUUGACGCAGAUAUUUACAUCAAUGAAACACAUAUUCUUGAAACAUGGUACCCUGAUGAAGGAAGGUACAGAACGCAUACUUAUGUGUGUAGAGAGAAGCGUGAUACUAGAGUGAUGAUGGCUCGUCUCACAGUCGAUGGAUGUCAGAAAGAUUAUGUCUGUUUUGAUUUUGUACCGCAGCAUCACAAUGUUAUUAGAUACAGACGUGGUAUUGCCGUAAUUAAGGAUGAUUUCUCCACCGUAUGCUCGUGGGUACAAUUUCCUAAUAAGGAAAAAUGGAAGUAUGAUUUAUAUUUGGCUAAACAUCCUGUUGCGGUGAAAUGCCCAGUUGCAGGAAAGUUUAACUUUACACAAAAGGGAGAUAUUCCAUUUGAGACACGUAUUCUUGGUGGUGUCACACUGAGUCCACGUCCAAAUACUUAUUGUAAACAAAAUAUCUCUGAUUUUUCUGUUUGCGAUACCGAUCAGAAGGAAAUUGCUAUCGAUGAAACUUAUUGCCUCUCCGUGGACCAUCUCGGCAGACCUGUGGAUAUUUACAGUGACCCUGAUUAUAAAAUGAAAUGCAUUGGUUUCUGGAAGGAGAAUCUUAAAUCGUACCUGAUUACCUACGAUGAACUGGAUCCUUUCUCGAAAUAUCGCUGUUGGGUAUAUCAACGUGCGGAUUUGAAUAAAGUUCUUAUGUCGCAAGCGAUCGGACCAUUCUGCGAUAUGAAUCAGGAUGUCUUCUCUUCGAACUUCACCGAAGGCGCUGCAGUCGCCAUUGAGAUGCAGGAAUAUGAAAGAGAACGUGAUCAGUGUCCAAUGCACUUUGACGAUGGAGCCAAUCCUUGGCUGGAUACUGAAAAUGUCAUACAAGUAUUUAACUUUGGUUAAAUAUUGGCCCGCAUUUAUUUGCAUUUAUUGAAAGGAAAUGCUUUCUUUUCGAAUCUUAAUUUUUUAAUACUUUUUCUACAACUAGAAUAUGGUAAGACACUUUGUGAGCAGCUGAACAAUUUUAGAUUUUACUAAGGGAUACGCACCUCGAGGAAUGUUCCAAGUGUUUUGAAUCUCAAUCUGUUAGUUUUUUUUUAACUUGUACUUUUUAUUACUUUUACAACAUGAGUUUAAUGUGUACAAUUUAUGAUUAAUUAAUUAUGUCUUUGUUCAUCAUCUAUGUACCUGUUUACCUUCUGAAAACAAAAUAUUACUAAGAUGAAACAACGGAUAA